AAUCAUUCCUCCUUACCUUGCUUUCUUUAAGUAAAGUAAGACGAAAGUGCACGUCUUUUAGUCCUCCAGACUCUUCUCCACUCUUGUUGUUAGCUGUCUUGCUAAAUGGAAUCUUCCCAGCAUCUCUCUGUGCCAGGAUUGAAAUCACUUUGAUGCUUUUUCUUCGCAGUCACUCGUGAUACAAAUUCCUGAUAUCCAGCUUGAUCCGACCAGCUUAUGAUUCCCUUCUCUCUCUCUCUCUCUUCUUAGAGCCACACACACUGAUCAAUCUCCGAUCAGUAGCUUCUGUCCGAAAAUCCCCAUCCCAUUACCGAUUCAUUCCCUCAUCUUUUGCAAAUCUGACUUCUUUACGGCACAAUAUAUAUAUAUAUAAUGCUCGACAGUUCCCAUGUCGAUACUCUGUUGUGUCCCUGUGAUUGAAUGUGUAUACUGCUUGGGCUGUUCCCAUUGGCUGUGGAAGAAAUGUAUGUACUCAGCAGGCCACGAGAGCGAGAGCUGGGGAUUAGCCACUUCCCAUGAGUUCGACCCCAUCCCUCGGCUCUGCCGCUUCAUCUUAGCCGUCUACGAAGACGAUCUCCACAACCCUAUCUGGGCUCCUCCCGGCGGCUACGGCCUCGACCCUCAUCACGUCAUCCUCAAGAAAGACUAUGACCAGACUCAAGGCCGUGUCACCCCUUACAUGAUCUACCUGGAUCAUGAAAACGACGCCGUUGUGCUUGCCAUCAGAGGGCUUAAUUUGGCCAAGGAGAGCGAUUACGCGCUUCUGCUUGAUAACAAACUUGGCCAGACUAAGUUUGACGGAGGUUACGUUCACAACGGGUUGCUAAAGGCCGCCGUGUGGGUCUUUGAGGAGGAGCGUGAGGUUUUGAAUCGAUUACUGGAGGAGAACCCGAGUUAUUCCUUGACCUUUGUUGGGCAUUCUCUAGGUGCAGGGGUUGUGUCCUUGCUCGUCUUGUUUCUUGUUCAGAACAGUGGGAGGCUGGGGAACAUUGAGAGGAAUAGGAUUAGAUGCUUUGCUAUUGCUCCUCCCAGGUGUAUGUCUCUCCAUCUAGCUGUCUCCUAUGCUGACGUCAUCAACUCUGUCGUUCUACAGGAUGAUUUCUUACCUCGGACUACCACAGCUCUGGAGGAUGUCUUCAAGUCAAUCAUCUGCUUGCCAUGCCUGUUGUGUCUCACAUGUGUGAAAGAUACAUUCACAUUCGAGGAGAAGAAGCUCAAGGAUACAAGGCGUCUAUAUGCACCUGGUAGGUUAUACCACAUCGUUGUGCGCAAGCCCUUGAGAUUAGGAAGAUAUCCACCCGUUGUGAGAACAGCUGUUCCAGUUGAUGGGAGGUUUGACCAGUUAGUUCUCUCAUGUAACGCCACAGCGGAUCACGCCAUCAUCUGGAUUCAAAGGGAAUCACAGAGAGCUCUCGAUUUGAUGGUGGAAGAGGAAGCAGUUAUGGAGAUACCGGUGGAGCAGAAAAUCGUGCGGCAGAAAUCGGUAGUUGAGGAACAUGACGAAGAAUACAGAGCGGCUAUGGUGAAGGCGGCUUCUCUGAACAUCCCUAUGUCCUCUCCAUCACCUUCGUAUGGAACAUUCCAUGAUACAGAAGAAGAAGGAGAAAGCUCUUCUGCAGGAGGAUCCCCAUCCAUGUGGUCCUUCAAGGGAAUGAAAAGAAAAUGGAACCGGUUUGUAGAUCGUCAUUUUCCUAUUGAUGAUGAUGAUAAUGACAGUGGAGAUAUGAAAGAGGAAUCUCCAGCUUUGUUGUUGUUGUAGGUGAGAAACACGAGAUCUUGUUUUAUUUAGGUGUACAUGUAGAAAUAUAGAAUCAGAGAAGCAAAAAAGAAGUUGUAGAUUAUUGAGAAUUUUCUUCAUUGAAUUUGGGAUUAUGUCUGAUGUGAAGAUGCUGCAGCACCUUUUGUGCAGUCAGUAGCAUGUUCUAGUAUUACUACAAACUUGGUUUUGACUCCA